AUGGCGGGAGCCCUUUCGCAGAUCAUGCCGACCAUCGGUGGCCCCAGGAGCAGUCGGAGGUGGCUCUACGCCAACGUUAUCGACUCAAUCCUCCUCUACAGCGCCCCCAUCUGGAACUGCAGAACCGGGACACAGACCGGCAUGCGUCAGGCGGAAGCAAUCCAUCGGCGAGCCUGCCUACGCGUCAUCAGUAGUCGCUCGCACCUCCCGUACGAGGCUACCUACGUCCUUGCCAGUAUACCACAGCUGGCUUUACUCGCAGACGAGGGUAUUCGACUCUACCAACACCGCCAUAAAGACGCGAGUGCUGAAGAACGCAAGGAGACACUAAGAAGACGGCAGAACCGGUGGGAUCGUUCGCCAAAAGGACGAUGGACAUACAGGCUGAUCCCCAACAUCAGAUUGUGGAUAGACAGGUGA